CUGUCGCAUGGCAAUGCUGAAAAAAACAAAAAUCCCCGACGGUGUGCAACACAUAACCCGACCUCUGGCGACAUCUGGUGGACACACGGUGGCUUCACAAACGCGCAUUGUCUUUCAGCAAAUCAAGGUUCACAGUGAUGGAUGUUGGACUGAUACAAAGCAGAUGCUCACAGUUGGUUUCAAAGGUUUCAGUCGUCAGUUUAAAGGAGGACUCUAUGAAACCCACACCAGCACCAACCAACCAACUCUGAACACCUUUCACUACCAAAUGAAGUACAAAACAAGUCUGCUGUUCUGGUUCUUGGUGCCAGUUUCAUCAGAAACAAAUGGAACCAGAGGGGCACUGCUGGUCCUUCAGUGCCAUCACAACCUCAGCGAAAAGUUCAUUCCUGAGCAAACCUCCAUAUACUGGCAAAGUAAUUCCAUCGUUCUUCAUGUUUUUUCAAAAGGACAAGAGGAAUUUCAACACCAAAGUGAGUCAUUUAAAAACAGGACUGCAAUUUUCCGCGAUCAACUGGCCUCUGGCAACUUCUCCCUUGUCAUCAAUCCGCUGAUGCUGAAAGACGAUCAGCUCAGCAUCGAAGUUGCUUACAUACCAGAAAGCAGGACGCUCUGCCAAACCACUGUUCAUGUAGCAGCUCGUUUUGAGAUGCCAAAUAUUGUGGUCAACACCAUAGAUAUGAUGGCUAUGUGUGCAACAAAGGGGGGCUUUCCUGAACCAGAGCUAUCAUGGAUCUCCGUGGACCACGAGGGACAUGAACGUACACUUGAACCACCUGAUGUCCAGACCCUUGAGAUCUACAAGGAAGAUGACGGCACCUACAGAGUUACCAGUACUGCCAACAUCAGAGGAUCACAGAAAGUUACAUGCAGCGUUUACAACCCAACUUCAAAGGAGACAUUGAGUGUAAUUAAAGACGUAAUUACAGAUGAAGGCUGGAGUCUGCCUUUGGGAGCUGUUCUUGGAGUACCGGUAAUACUUGCAGUAAUACUCGGAGCAGGAGCCGCCAUUGGCUGCCGAAAAAUGAAAAGGAGAGACUGUUCAGGACAAAGCCUACAACAACUGAGCGCCAAUGAACCUGCACCAUUGGAAGACAGCACUCCUGAUCCUGCAGCUGUUGUAGUUGAUGAUGUAGCUAAAUAAAGGGAAAACACUAAAUAGAAGACAUAGCAGGGACUCAUGUUUCUGAAAUAAAGACCUCAUCUAUGGAGGACCACAGAGCCACACAC